AAAAAAAAAAAAAAAAAAAAAAAAAAAAAAAAUCAUGAUUACAACAGCUACAGCCUAAAGGCCCCCAAGUUUAAGCUAUUUUUACUUGUGCUUCUAUAAACACAAAAAUACUAAGUACCAAUUUACUCAAACAUACUAAGUACCAAUUAAAUCAAAGAGACACCCACAUUUUCGCAAUUAACACUAAGUACCUUUUCAAUAACGCCUCUUCCACUGCAACGACCACCUCUUCGACCGCCUCAUCCACCACCUCUUCGACCACCUACACAAACCCCAUUUCGAAUUUACCAUUUUACCCCUUUGCUGGGCAAAUUAACCGAAGCAAAUUGCUGGGCUGGGCCGCGCUACUCCAAUCCUACCUCUCUCUCAACGGUCUCCAUUGAAGCGCAGUUGACGUUCUCCGUUGAAUCUAAUACGUGUAUCCCCCAUUGAAGCAGCUUCUGAGCGCACUCAACGUUCUCCAUUGAAGUGCAGUUGAUUUUCAGCAGCUUCUGAGGAUUCAACCCUUGAAUCAAACAUCUUUGGUUUGCUGGAUCAAGUGUAAAAGCUAAAAUGUCUACCGGAAGCGACACAUCAUGGGUUGGGAAGAAACCGUUGAGGCGAGUUGGUGGCAUGUCAGAUGCUCUCUCCAUUGCUUCUGAUCUUGGUUUCAAUGUCUCUACACCUCCACAGGAAGCUCUCCAAAAUCCAUCUGCCACUGGGGAGAAGAGUGAUGAUCUGGUAAGGGUUUUAAGAGACCUUACAGCAGUUCAGAGGAAAAUUGCAGAUUUAGAAGUAGAGUUACGAGGCAGAAAGGAUGACAAGAAUGUGGCAUAUUUAACACAUGUGACCGAAAUGGAAAAGAAGAUAGAGACUUUAGCUAGAAUAACUACUAUAUUGAAAGAUGUGAUUCAAAAUAAGGAUCGUAUUAUUGCCCGUCUUCAACAGCCUUACUCAUUGGAUUGCAUUCCCGUGGAAGCAGAAUUCCAGAAGCAAUUCUCGGAAUUACUAAUGAAAGCGGCUAGUGAUUAUGGUGCGUUGUCAGCAUCAGUUGCAGAUUUUCAGUGGAGCCAAAACUUUAAGGAACCACCUUCAGUUUGGGCUGAUAUGCUGCGUCCAAUACCUGUUGCUCUAGCAUCAUGCACUCGGUUUUUUGAAGCUAUGUCAGCAAUGAGGGAGUCAUUUGCCACCCUGCAAAAGCUGAGGACGGGUCGCUCUUCUGCCAAUUCCCUUCCCUCAACACCUGCCAGGAAUCCUUCUCAAAGUUCAACAGGGGAGUCUGAUUGUGUGACUCCGCCUCCUUGGAGAAAUGAUCUAAGCUUUAAUGAUAUAGCUAUAAAUAGCACAAAGAGUCAAGAAGUGGAGCAGCAGGAAGGGGACAUUUUUGGUGAAGCUAGUGAGUAAGAUGGUACAAGCUACAAGAGGUUCUCGUGGCCUCCAAUUAUAACAGUUCGGAAGUGAUUUGAUGUGUUAUGUCUUGUGUGCAAGGGUUUUUCAGUCGUGUGCUUUCUAUUUGAGCAAUGGGAGGAGUAAUGGUUGUAAUGAAAACUUUAGUUGUAUUAAGAGCAUUUGAUCUUCGUCAUAGUUUUAGAGCCCACUGUCCCGUGAUUUCCUGCUUUGUUGAAGGAGAUCCUUUGAGCAGGCCAGUACAAAAUAGGUCUCCAUAAAAAGCCUACCCAGUACCCACAACACUUCUUCAAGAAUGUAUAUCCUGCACAGCUUUCUUAUCAUAUCUGUACUUUGUAGGAUUUUGGGGCUAUUUCACCUAUUUGUGAUGGAAUGUCUCCUCUGCGGAUGACUGAAAAUGUUAGUUUAGAUUUUUUUCUUCAAAUUCUAUCACUGUAAUUAUAAUUUUUAAUCUAAUAUCCUACCCUUUUUUUUUUUUUUU